UUCAUCAUUUUUGGAUAAAAUUAGAGACGGACAAAAUUUGUUAACAGAUGAAGAAGCAAGUGUCAAGCGGCAUCAAAUUCAGCAUCACUAUGUUUUGGAAUUGGAAGAUGAUGAUCUAAAACUCGAUCUCCUUUCCUUGUUCUACUCCCAACCCUAAUUUCAAUUCCAAUUUCCAUGGAAGAUCUCCCCGGCCCUCUUCUCCUCGACAUCCUCGCCCGCCUCUCCGACUCCGCCGACGUCGCCCGCUGCCGCGUCGCCUCCCGCGCCAUCAACUCUCUCGCCCCCGAGAUCCGAUCCGUCCACCUCUACUGCUCCCACCUCCGCUACGCCAAGUCCCGAUCCCCUCUCACCCGCUCCUCCAUCACGCCUUUCAAGCACGUCUUCUGCAAAUUGCUCUCCGCCCUCCACCUCGUCGAGCGCGUCUACCUCGGCAUCGACAAGCCCCUCCGCCUCGUCUCCUACGACGACGUCGAGGAUGAGGACGAUGAUUUGUUCCUCACCGACGUCAAUUUCCUCAGGGCUUGGCUGCCCGAUGUUUGCCCCCAUUUGAAGUCCAUUUCCAUUUCCGAUUUUUGGGUGCAGUCCUGCUGGAGGCGGACAGAUAUGCUUUCCCUAAUUUCUUCUUAUUGUUCUAAACUUGUCGAGUUAGAAGUUAAGAAUGCGUGGCUAUCUGUUGAUGGCUUAACUCCUAUGCCAAACCUCACUGUCUUGACACUUGAGUUCAUUAGAUUGGAUGAUGAGAAUUUGGAAAAGUAUUAUCUCGACGUGUACAGCCCAUUGCACUAGGGUGAGAUGGAGAUGGGGAAUGUGGAAAGAGGGAACGGCAGACACUUGGAUUUCUGAUGGAAAGUAGGAAGCGGAGCAGCGCCCGAUAAGCACUUUGUCUGAUCUGUUCAAGGGAUUUAAUUUGUGAAAUGAAUGAGCUAUGCAUUGCUUUCCGAAAUCUGAAUUCAGUUGAUGGAUGCAAUCAAGUUGGUGUUUGUUUGUUAUUUCGAUGAUGGUAGGUAAAAUUAUCCAUGAAAGUGUAUGUGAUGAAGUUGAUUGAUUAGUUAGUUGGGAGGAUGCAAGAGCAGCCAUCGGAAAAAUAUGCACAAACCAUUUGUGAAAUAUCCCCUGCAACUGAAGACAGGUGGAGUCAGUUAUCCGUUUUUAGUGAUAAGGUGUGUGUCUUAAAAAGAGAGAUAUUUGUUGAGGAAAAAUGUACUCCAAUAUUAGUGUGGAAAUGUACACAUCUGGAAACCCA